UUCAUCGGUGCAACCAACAUGCUCUUUCGACAGAAAAGACAUUUAACCGACAUUGUGGUCGAUGUAUCCGAACACAAAAUUGAGAUUAAUGACAAGGAAUUGCAGAAAAACCUCGUGUUGACGACUGCUGACCUACGAUUUGCCGAUAUUCUAGUCAAAGCCGUUUCGGAAUCUGUGGAAAAUGGCUACUUUGAUGGCACUGAAUGGGAAGGAAAUGAUGAAUGGCUCAGGGCCCAAUUUCGGGCCUACCUUGCAGGGAUGCUGGCCUCGAUAAAAUCUGAAGAUCCAAAACUCCUAGAAGAUUACGGCAUCUCGUUUAUACAGUGCUGGAAAACAACCCACAACUACAAAGUGUGGUCUAGUGCGGAACGUCCAGGACUGAAGACCUUGGAAGCUGGACACCCCUGUCAGGGCAACUUAAGUGUGGCUGAUAUUAAAAUGAGAUUUUCACAUACCAUGCACAAUACCGAAGGUGGAAAGAAGAUAAAUGCAGCUGUGACUCAAACUGGGAAAUAUGUAGUGCAAACUGGGAAAGCUGUCGGGGGUGCACUCAACCAGGCCAAGACCUCAAUAUCCUCCUGGUUUUCCACAUGGAAAUCCGGCAACAACAAUGACGAGAAGGAGAAAGGCCAGGAACCCUCUUUAUCUUAGAAGAUAAUUGAGUCUCGCUUGACGAGGAUGACAAGGAGAAAUGCGAGGAACCCUCUUGAUCUUAGAAGAGUCUCGCGUUACGGAAACCAGGCUGAAUGCAUGUUUGUUAAGUGUUGUCCCAGAUUAGCCUGUGCAGUCUGCAAGGCUAACUAGGGAAGUAUCUUUCCACUGUUUAUGCCCCUGGUAGGGUGGCAUAUAGCAUUUGAACUGUCCGUCAGUAUGUCAGUCAGUCUGUCCGUCCGUCUGUCCGAAAAAAACUUUAAAAUUGGCCAUAACUUUUUCACUAUUGAAGAUAGCAACUUGAUAUUUGGCAUGCAUGUGUAUCUCAUGGAGCUGCACAUUUUGAGUGGUAAAAGGUCAAGGUCAAGGUCAUCCUUCAAGGUCAAAUGUCAAAUUUAUGGCGUCUGUCCGUUCGAAAACUUUAACAUUGGCCAUAACUUUUUCACUUUUGAAGAUAGCAACUUGAUAUUUGGCAUGCAUGUGUAUCUGAUAAAGCUGAACAUUUUGAGUGGUGAAAGGUGAAGGUCAAUGCCAUCCUUUAAGGUAAAAUGUUAAAUAUAUGGCGUCUGUCCGUCCGAAAUCUUAAACAUUGGCCAUAACUUUUUUAAUAUUGAAGAAAGCAACUUGAUAUUUGGCAUGCAUGUGUAUCUCAUGAAGCUGCACAUUUUGAGUGGUGGAAGUUCAAGGUCAAGGUCAUCCUUCAAGGUCAAAGGUCAAAAAUAUUUUUUUUUAAAUCAAACAGCGUUCUCAUGAAGCUGCACAUUUUGAGUGGUGGAAGGUCAAGGUCAUCCUUCAAGGUCAAGGUCAUCCUUCAAGGUCAAAGAUAAAAAAUUUAUAAAAAUUCAAAGCGGCGUUCUCAUGAAGCUGCACAUUUUGAGUGGUGGAAGCUCAAUGUCAAGGUCAUCCUUCAAGGUCAAGGUCAUCCUUCAAGGUCAAAGGUAAAAAAAAUAUUAAAAAAUUCAAAACGGCGUUAUCAUGAAGCUGCUCAUUUUGAGUGGUGGAAGUUGAAGGUCAAGGUCAUCCUUCAAGGUCAAGGUCAUCCUUCAAGGUCAUUUUUUUUAUUCAAAGCGGCAUUCUCAUAAAGCUGCACAUUUUGAGUGGUGAAAGUUGACGGUCAAGGUCAUCCUUUAAGGUCAAAGGUCAAUUUUUUUUAUUUUUUUUUCAAAGCAGCACAAUAGGGGGCAUUGUGUUUCUGUCGAACACAUCUCUUGUUUUUUUCAUUAACACAAAGUCUCUUCUUUGGGUUUAUUGUACCCCCACUAAACAAAGUUUAGGGGGGUAUAUAGGAGUGAGCUUGUCUGUCGGUAGGUCUGUCUGUCGGUCUCUCCGUGUCCCCUCUUUAAUUCAAGUAGAUUUCAUCCGAUCUUCAACAAACGUGGUCAGAAUUUGUAUCUAGAUGAUGUCUAGGCCAAGUUUGAACAUGGAUCUUUCCAGGUAAAAAACUAGGUAACGGGAUCACUUAGUGCGUUUUAAACACUGAGUAUUGUGUAAGAUCUAUAAUUCAAGUAACUUUCAUCCGAUCUUCAUCAAACUUGGUCAGAAGUUGUAUCUAUAUGAUGUCUUGGUCAAGUUCGAAUAUGGGUCAAAAACUAGGUCACUGGUUUAUCUGAGACUGAAAGUGUAGUAUCUGAUUAUCCUGUGGGGACUGCACAGGCUAAUCUGGGACAACACUGCACACAAGCAUGAACCCUUUCAGUGCGGGAACCGGAUUUUGAAGGCCUUUGCAAACAGUUUGGAUCCAGAUGAGACGCCACAGAACAUGGCGUCUCAUCAGGAUCCAAACUGUUUGCUAUUCUGAUAGUGUUCUUUGAAAAAAAUCGAAUAAAAUGCUAAUUUUAGAAAUUCAGCAGAAGACAUUUUAGCAGACGACAAAUUUCCCAGCAUGCAAAGGGUUAAGAAUCAAUAUACUCAUCAUACAGCGUCCCAUUUACCCAGCAGUACAACAUUUGACAUCGCAUUGCAGUAGUGGAGUUACUGAUUGUCAGUGUGCCAUUAAACCUUCAGAAAAGUGUAUGUGAUGCAACAGAUGUAAGUCACUGUGAAUGACAACCUUUGAUUGUUCUGCUCAUCCGGCAGUGUUGCGUUUACACGUUUGUUUUCAGUCAAUCAACAGAGCAAUUGUCAAUAAACUGUUUGUGUAUUAAAAGGACUUCUGGGCAUGAUAAUAACUAUGUUCAUAUUAUCUUGGUUUAUCAUUUAAAUAAUCAAGUCAUCAUUAACUUUAAAGGACAGAGUGGUUUACUUUUUUAUAUUGAACUGAAAUUGUAAACAUACAUUUAUUAAGAACUACUAGGAUGACAUGUCCUCCUGCAGUUUACAACAACAAAUCAGGAUGUAUCCAUUUAUCGAUGUUGCCUCAUUUUGAAUGUAUUUGGCCGCAGCAUAAAGUGUUGGUUAUUGUAACUUUACCUAGAACCAUCAUUUAUAACGUGUCUACUUUAGUCACAAAGCUGGGUGACAGAUUCCUUUGACAUAAACGAUGUGUAAAUUUCUCAUCUUUCCUCAUCUUGCAUGUAUUUGGUCGCUGCAUGGAGUUUCGAUUGUUAUUUGUUAUUUGACCCAGAACCAUCAUAUUGUACUUGUUUUUUCAAGUCACUUAGCAAGGUUACAGAUUCCUUUGGCAUCUGUUAUAUAAUCUAUGUAAGGAUUACAACUUGGCCUUUCUAUGUGUUUCCCUUUACUUUACUUUUCUGUCUUUAUCCAAUGCAUCGGCAACUGUUUGUAUGUCUUAUAUAUAUAUAUAUAUAUAUAUAUAUAUAUAUAUAUAUAUAAAUAUAUAUGUUCAUGGUUAAGUAAAACUGUUGGCCUUCAACUAAUUGGUCCCUUGUCAAUGACUGUACAAAUUACUAGUAUGCCAACAAAUAUUAGUAUAACAUAGGACACAGCUGAAGCUGUCUUCAUUGUCAUGACAACAUGUUUAUUCGUCAGUGUUCUAUUGACAAGAUCUAUGCAUAAACGUAACAGUUAUGUUGGUAAGGGAAAACCUAAGAAACCAACCCCAGUUUAUUUCUGGUCCCAUAUCUACGAACAUAAAUUGCUUAUCGACCAAUCGGAUUGGGAGCUCAUUGGUCAAUUUUGCAUUUUAUUAUUUGUAUUGAUUUUUAGAACAUUAUUUGCCUUUGGGGUCAUAAUUCCAGUUUUGCCUUUGGGGUCAUAAUUCCAGUUCCAGAGAUUAUGUUUAAUAGCUUAUGUAUAGCUCAACGACUCAAUUGAUAUCUGGUAAACAUUUAGAACACAAGUUAUAAUCUUUGGAAGAGCACAGUUAUUGUAAUAUAUGUCCUUAAACGUUGACUUAACCUCAGAAACAUUGGUAAAUCAAUAGACAAAAACAACCACAGCCAUUUGUUCAUUUACUACAUAUGUUUAUGUCAUUGAUCUCAAGAAGGUAGGACGCAUGGUCAAACUUAUUUUAUAACCAGUGAAGAUUUAGCUAGCAUUUGUAAGUCUUACCAUAUACAAAAUCGUUGUAAAGCUUGAAUGUAAUGACUUGAUCGAGAAUAUUGUAUUCCAAAUAGAUUCAUCACCCAAAGAGAAAUUGCACAAAAGUAGUGCGGUGUUAACUCCGCCCACGAAGGGUUUGGGUUAGGGGUUAAUUGAUGUGUAAUAUCUCUUUAGUAUCUGUUAUUUGUGUCGUAUCUAUCUGGAAAAUAAUGCCACCCUGACUUGAUGCACUGCCACAAAGGUGUGAUCUUUGGCUAUAAUGUGCCUUUUGAUAUAGUAUUAUGAGUAUAUUAGAAUAAUAACAGCAUGCACAUUAUGAAAUAUGUUUAUUGAAGUGUUUACUUCAUUCACUAGCUUCUUCUUGAGUCAUGGUAGAGUAGGGACUUAAAGUGAUACGAUUUAUUUUCUACCGAAAAGAAUGAACUGGAAUUUUUUUUUUUUUUUAAAUCCUGUUCUCAGCAGCUUUUAACCUGAUAUUCUUCAAAGUUUUAACUUCAGGCGCUAGUUUGUGAUCAACAUAAGUAAAGAAUUAAAACACUGGAUGUUGUCCGAAAAGUAACAACUUCAAACAAUGCAUGUGGGAAUCUGUUUCAAGAGUUUGAUCAUUUGUCCAAAAUAAAUUAUGAAAUGCUUGCGUGAAUUGGUUAAAACCCAGUGGUGAACGCUAUAUGAAGACUUAUUAAGCAAAUAGCCAAGCCGCAUUCAUACACUGUUUUUAGUUUACCGGUAUCUGGGCAUGAAGUGCUCAAGUAUGAGCCAUUCUUCGGUCAAAUUUGGUUGUCAGUAGUAUUCAUCUAUGUUACGUAAAUGAAGUCAUCAAAUCAAACUUUGAAUAAGUGUUCAUUUGAAGGUCUUUUUCAAAAAAACGUUAUUUGACAUUUAGUAUUAAUGGUUUGUGCUUAAGGAUUAUUGCUUUAAUUCAAAUUGCUGCAUGAACACAAUAUAUUGGUAGAUACAUGUAGUAUAUAAGUAAUUUGCACUACUGAAUGUCUUGUUUUGUUAUAGUUUUGUUAAUAAUUAGCUUACACGUUAUUUACCUACAUGCUAUGAUGUUUUCAAUGUGUUCAUUAGGACGCUCUUUUCCAUGAGACUUAUUUUGAUACUUAAAAAUUGGCCUUAUAGUGUUAUUUGCUUGCGCUUUUAGGUCCUUGUACAGUAAGUCUUAUAUUCUUAUUGCUGUGUAAACACAAUAUAACGAUAUUAAUAUAUUUGCACCACUGAACUUAUUCGUUUUUGUAUUGUUAUGUUAAUUAUAAGCUUGCAAGUUAUGUAAUUAUGUGCAUACAUUGUUUAAAACAUGAUUAAAGCAAAUGUUAUUGCGACAUUAUAUGCACAUUUUUGGGUAUUUAUGUGUAUUUAAUUAUUUGUAUAAUGGUUUGUUUGUAAAAAACAUUUCAUGCAGAAACUGCAUGUUCACAAAUUACUAGCAUAUCUGAAAAGAAAUAGAAUAUCUCUGAUUUAUGACAUUUGAAAAUUAUGUCAAUAAUUUGUGUUGUAAAGUAGGCUGAACGUUUAAUUAGGCCCAUAUUAACCCAUUUAUGCCUAGUGUCUAGAAAAAAGGCAUUGGCAAACAGGUCUGCACUGUUUGCUUAAAAGAAUUUCUGUAAGAAAUAUUCUAAAUAUAGAAAUAAAUAUAAAAAAAAUCACUAGACAUCCCUAAUUUAAAAAAUAAAUUGAUCCAAUUUAGAAGGAUGGGAGAGUCCACUAGGCAUUAAUGGGUUUAAAACUAAAAUAAAUAUAAAUGGUUGUGACCAACCUAUUAUUAUACAAGAAUGUAGUUCAAUUUCUUCGAAAAAUGUUGUGUUUUUGGCCUAAUGUUGUGUUUGCAUAUAAGGUAUGGUCAAAGUUAAACACUUAAAUACCUCUCAAAUUUAUUUCUAAAAAAAAAAUUAUAUAUAUAUAAUACCAACGUACAUUUAAGACAGACAAAUAAUCGUACUUUUUAAACACAGUAAUAUUAAUUAGAUUUUAUUCUUUGGAAAAGGUUUAAUAAAUAUGCAUCUUUGUAAGUAACAGUCCCUCGUGAAUUGAAAGAAAUUUAGAAUCCCAGUGUAAUAACCUAGGCAAGAUAGAAAAUAAAUAUUUCCCAAAUAUAUCGAUACAAAUAGCUGGGGACGAAGCAGCUAGAAUUUUUCUUUCAAUAUCUUUUUUUAAACAUGUAUAUUGAUUAUUGUUAAAAGCAUUUAUUAUGCCCCCAGUAGGGUGGCAUAUAGCAGUUGAACUAUCAGUCCGUCUGUAUGUCUGUCAGUCUGUGCGUCAGUCCGAAAACUUUAACAUUGGUCAUAACAUUUGCAAUAUUGAAGAUAGCUACUUGAUAUUUUGCAUGCAUGUGUAUCUCAUGGAUCUGCACAUUUUUGGUGAAAGGUCAAGGUCAUCCUUUAAGAUCAAAGGUUAAAAGACAAAAUCCUAGGAAAGUAACAAGCUUUAAGGGGAGAUAAUUUAUAUUUUAUAUCAUUUACAGGUACAGAUCAUUUUUCACAAGGGAAGUUAUAUUUUUUAAAGUGAUAUAAUCAAUUUUGUUUAUUAUUUCAAAUCGGCGCAGUAGGGGGCAUUGUGUUUCUGACAAAUAUCUGUCUUGUUUCAACAUGUAUUUCUGGAAUUGUUCAUUUGUUCAAGAUUUAUGUAUUUAUAAUUAUCAAUCAAAUAAGUAUACUCAGUUAUAAAUUGCGUUGUUUAUUUCAAAACUGAUCAAUUUCAAUGUGACAUGUGGCUAUGUGCAAUAAAGCUACCAUUUCUAUU